AUGAAGGCAUGGCAGAGGUCGGCGCCCUCCUCGAGGAGGGGGAGGAGAGGAAGGAAGGGGCAGCAGGAGAGGAAGGACUGCAGGACUGUGAGUGACAGCUGCAAGUACUCCCUCGGGGAAAGCGACGACGAGACCCUCGACCUCCUCAGAGGUUCGACCCUUAUAGACGACACGCUGACUGAACAGCACCUUGCCGUUGACCCUGCCUCCUCUCACUCUUUCACUUGCAAUCAAGAGACACCAGAGCUCUUGGCUUCACCUGACAGACAUCCGAGCUCGAUCUCAGGGCAGGCAGGCAGGCAGCUGCUGACCGAGCAAGAGCAGACGAGGCUCAUUGAAUGUGAAGAUGUGACAGUCUUGAAGAAGUUGCUCAACUCAUCGAAGAAAUGUGAAGAAUUGGCGAGAGUUGUAAAGAAACAAGACAUGCUCUUGUACGAACUUGUUGCACAGAACAUGAAGCUUAAAGAUGAAAUGCAAAAGUGCAAAGCGAAAACCGCUGGAUUGGACGAGAGAAAGACUCACGUGUUAGAGUUGGCCCUGCAGACAUCAAACAAUGUUGUUUCAAGCUUGAAGCGGAAGAUGAAGAUGCUGGAAGAUGCUCUCAGUCAAAAGACUUUGCAGUCGGAAAUCAGCAAGAGGAUUGCAAACCGAUCCAGACAGGAAGAGCGACAACUCUCCAGUGCGUUGAAGUCGUCAGCCGACGACCGCAGAGCCCUGCACCAUGAACUCAUGAACGAGAGGAUCGAGUACUCCAACGGCAUACUUGGCAUCGAAAAAUUUGAGGAGUCGAAUCUUGACAAGAAAAUUUCGAAGUUGGAGUUCGGUGUUGAUCAAGCCAUGGAGAGAUGGAUGGAGAAAAAGCUGUUGCUGCUUGUUUGGAGGAAUUGGUGCUCAUCAAGGUCCGGCUAA